AUGAACGACAGAAGACAAAAAGACCGACCAGAUGACCGCAAGGAAGAUGUGCCUCCGUUCUCGAGGGUGUUUGUGGUGUGCCCCAAGACGUCCACCAAGCUGACGGAGGCGGAGCUGCGGCCCGCCUUCGAGCAGUGCGGCACCAUCGAGUCCCUCUAUAUGCCUGUCAACAAAGGCACCGGAGAACUCAAAGGGAUCGCAUACAUUAAGUAUACUAAGACAUCCUCAGCUGCAAGAGCCAUACAAAAAUAUAACUUAAAAUGCUUAGACAACUGCAACAGACCUAUCAAGGUUAUGGUAGCCAAUCAGAGAAAUGAGGCUGAAAGUAAAUUUGAUGGGAACCGACUGUUUAUUGUUGUACCAAAAAAUGAGACUGAAGAUGAUAUUAGAACUCAUUUUUCACAGUUUGGCGGUGUUCACCAAGUGUAUUUCCAGAAGAAAUCCAGUUUUGCCUAUGUUAUUUAUUACUCAUUUUUGGAAGCAGCUAUUGCCCUUGAAGAAUGUGACAGAAAAUAUAAAGCCGUCUUUGCUGUGCCUAAAGAUGAGUUGAAAAGAAGCCGUGACAAUUUUGAAUAUAACAGCAUCAGUCCCCACUUGAGUCAGGGUAGCUUGUUUAACAAUGAGAACAGAUACCACAAUGAAAGCCGCCACAUGAUGGCUUCACCAAACCACCCGCCUGAGGGUUACAAGAGAGUUGGUGUCACGGUCACUCCACAGCUCCCAGAGAGAUUCAUUGGGAGUUUGUUUAACAUAAUCCCUGGUAUGGAGAAGCUUGAAUAUUCAACAGACAAUUACAAUGACACAAGCAAAGCUAUCAUAACAUAUUCUGAGCAUAAAUAUGCUGUAUGUGCAGUGGAUAGGUUGAACAACUUUGAGUUUCCUUCAGGGGAAAUUAUUAGUGUCAAACCAGAUACUGAUUUAAUUUCGAGAGCUGCAACAGACCUCACACAGAUGGUGCAGUCAUUAAAGAAUGCCAUGGACACCGGCAGCUCCCCCAGUGACCUGGUACACCUGGCUGAUGCUAUAGCCCAAGCGUCUUCUCUCAUCAAGGUAGCCACAACCAGUAUAGCUGAGCCUUCCACUCAAGAUCAAGGGUUUUGCAAUGUGAAGUUACCUCCAAUCCAGAGUCUAGCGGACAGUAAUGCUGUAGUGGCUAAGAGAUGCUUUGUAGUAUUCAAGCCACAGCCUCCUCCUAUACCUGUUUUGAGAGAUGUUUUCUGCAGGUUUGGCAGCUUCAUUGACAUUAUAGUGUAUCCUGGAAAAACAUAUGGGUUUGUUAAGUAUGCCUCAGCCAGAUCUGCAGAUGAGGCUAUAAAGGUGCUGCACGGAGCUAGCAUUCUUGGGGUCAGACUUAAAGUGUUAGAAGCUGAUGAGAAGCAGAGCAAAGAAGAUAGCAAUGGUGACCGAAAGAGACAGAGAAUGGAUCAUGAUUGA